CAGUGCAAAUCGUUGAUGUAUUUAUUUUAUUUGUUUCCAUUUUGUUGAGUGCAGAGAGAAAUAGAAAGAGAGAGAGAGAGAGAGAGAGAGAGAGAGAGAGACAGGGUGAAUGGAGCAACGAUGAUGUUACUACUGCCACGAGGACUAAGACUGAGGGCGGAGCCUUCAGAGCACUUAUCCUUCGGUUUUACUAGACGAUUUGGAGGCUGAUUAUGUUUUCAUGCUACCAAUGACACUGCCAAAGGAGUAGUGUAAUCUUCAAUUGACUGGUGGAGAAGCUUCCCUUCUUUUAUUUUCGGUGAGCAAGAGCGAGAGAUUGUUGUCGGUAGCAGCGCCCAUUGGGCUGAAGUUUCUUGUUUCGGAUGUUUUAACGAAAAAAACAUGAAUUAUGACCCUUACGAGCAGCCCGUGUGAGCUAGACAACAUGAGCUUGUUUCAAGACCUCAAGUUGAAAAGGAGAAAGGUCGAUUCUCGAUGUAGUAGUGACGGGGAGAGCGUGGCCGACACUUCCACAUCGUCGCCAGACGCCAAUAUGCCAGCAUCACCGGGCUGCCCAAUCGUCAAGGUCAAAUCCGAGUACCUACGUGGCAGCCCAAGUCCAACGACGCGCGACACCUGCCUGCAACGUGUACCCACCACUCCAAUUGCUCAACAGCAGCAACAGCAGCAGCAGCCACAACAGCAGCAAAAUAAACCACAGGAGACGCUGACGGAACGGGCAUCGCCAGAUUCGGUGUUUUCCGAGAUGGCUAGUCCAAGACCCAGUACCGAGGUGCAGACUGACGAGCAAUCGCAACAUCAACCUCAUCAUCAUCACCCACAUCAUCAUCAUCAUCAUUUACAGCAUCUUCAGCAGCAACAACAUCACCAUCAACAGCAGCAACAAAGGUCUUGUACGCCUACGGCUACGAGGUCGUCACCACAGUCACCUAUACAAGCAGUGUCAAGUACCCCGUCGACGCCGAUUAACUCGCAAGAGACUUCGGUGACGAGUCGUAGUAGUGAGAUACCCGAUCGUCAAGGUAACAAUCUGACCUCGACGCAAUCUAAGGAGGAAUCCGACAAUUCGGUAUUCGACGGCGGAGGUGGUUCCAGUACCACGAGUAACAGUAGCAAUUCACUUGGUCAUCGCGCCAGUCCGUCUUACAAUGCGAGUCCGAGUCCGCAAAAUCAACAGACAUCACCGCGACCAAGAGCACCAUCGGUACCACCUCAUCAUUUGCUUACCCAUCAUCAGUUCUGGUCGCAAGCACCCGGCGUUCAGGGUUUCGCUACUCAGAAGCUGUUGAAUGGUGUUAUUAGCAGCGCUGUCAGUUAUGUCACUGGCAAUAAUGGUGCUACUGGCAAUGUUAGCGUAAAUGUUACGGGGAACAAUGGCACCAGUGCCGGGAUUAGUGUCGCUAGUCCGAAUACUACCACUGGCGACAACAUGAAACCACCAGCGCAACGAUCAGCCCCAGCACCACCACGACCACCGCCAACCGUGAUAAUGGGCGAAGUGGGUGGAGUAAGGACGAUGAUCUGGUCAGCACCUGCAGUCGAUCCAGUGCCACCACCCGCGGCAUCGUGGACGGCAACGGCGUCCGCAGCCUCCUGUUCGUCAACGGAAGAAUCCGCAGCGCAAUUAUUAUUAAACCUGGGUCAAGAGUCACGUGGCAAGCCGCCAACCUCAACACCAUACUCAACCGGUCCACCCCUCAAUAUGGAAAGGUUAUGGGCGGGCGAUCUUACGCAAUUGCCAGCUGCUCAGCAGAUGCAAGCGCUCAAUCUUACUGCCUCGGGAUCCCAACAACAGCAGCAGCAAUCGCAACAGCAACAACAACCUUGGGUCCGGAACGGCGGUCUUGUAAAGAGCGAAGCUAGCACGCAAUCGGCUGCCGGACAAUUACAGGCAUCGCUGGUCAGCCAGGCGACUGGCGGCGCCGGUGGUGUUGUUGGCCUUUCGCAGCAGGAACACGACGAGGACGAAACGCCUAUGAUUUGCAUGAUUUGCGAGGAUAAGGCCACGGGACUGCAUUAUGGGAUUAUCACGUGCGAGGGCUGCAAGGGUUUCUUCAAGAGAACAGUGCAAAACAGGCGGGUGUACACCUGCGUGGCGGAAGGUGGCUGUGAGAUCACGAAGGCACAGAGGAACAGGUGUCAGUACUGUCGAUUUAAAAAGUGCAUCGAGCAGGGUAUGGUUCUACAAGCCGUAAGGGAGGAUCGCAUGCCAGGCGGUAGGAAUUCCGGAGCUGUUUAUAAUCUUUAUAAGGUUAAGUACAAGAAGCACAAGAAGGCGAACAAAAGCAAUGUGUCAAGUAACAUGUCAGUGCUGUCGGCUGCGGCUGGAGGUGGCCACCUCGGCGCCGGUGUGAAUGGCGCUGGCAACAAGGCCAAUAUCGCCUCGGCUAUGUUGGACAAGCACAUCGUGGCCGCGGCGGCUGCCGCCCAACAGCAGCAUCAGCAGCAACAGCAGCAGCAGCAGCAGCAUCAGCAGCAACAGCAGCAACAGCAGCAACAGCAGCAGCAGCAACAGCAGCAACAGCAGCAACACCCUCAAUUGCCCGGUAUCGGUGGUGGUGCUGGUGGCGGCUUUAUGCAACAGCAUCAUCAUAAGCUUUCCGAUAACGUCAACUCGCCACCGACGCCGAGCCAUCCCAGUCAUCCUGGACAUCCGGGACAUUUGGUCAACGGGACUAUUCUUAAGACCGCCCUCACUAACCCUUCUGAAGUGGUGCAUUUACGUCAAAGGCUAGACAAUGCCGUAAGUAGUUCGCGGGAUCGAGCUUUUCCUCUGGACACAACCCUCGCCAUGAUACAAACCCUCAUAGACUGCGACGAGUUCCAAGACAUCGCCACGUUGCGGAACUUGGACGAGCUGUUAGAUCACAAAUCAGACCUAAGCGAGAAACUCUGUCAGAUCGGUGACAGUAUAGUUUACAAGCUGGUGCAGUGGACCAAACGGUUGCCGUUCUAUCUGGAACUGCCAGUCGAAGUGCACACGAGGCUGCUCACGCACAAGUGGCAUGAGCUACUUGUACUCACCACCUCAGCUUACCAGGCGAUGCAUGGACCGCACAAAGUUUCCAAUUCGGGUAACGAUCCCACCGGCGCCGAUUUCAACCAAGAGGUUUCCAACAAUAUGUACACGUUGCAAGCUUGCCUUACGAGCAUGAUGGGUAGGCCGAUAACGAUGGACCAAUUGCGGCAGGACGUUGGUCUGAUGGUUGAAAAAAUUACUUACGUCACGCUCAUGUUCAGGAGAGUCAAACUGAGAAUGGAGGAGUACGUCUGUUUGAAAGUCAUCACGAUGCUUUCGCAAGUGUCGUUUCUGUUCACAGCACGAGAUGGUGCAGCGGAAUUAGAACAAAUUCAAGAACGGUACAUGGGCUGUUUACGAAGUUUCGUCGAGCACAGUGCUCCGCAGCAGCCAAGUCGCUUUCACGAUCUUCUCGUCAGAUUGCCCGAAGUACAAUCGGCGGCAGCUCUACUACUCGAGAGUAAGAUGUUCUACGUUCCUUUUCUAUUGAACUCAGCAAUUCAAAGAUAGUAAAUAAAAGAGCUGACAAUUGAAGCUGACUACCUAUACAUAUAUAAAUAUAUACAUAAAAGAAGAGGAAGAGAAAUUGAACAAACAAAAGCCAGGGAACGACGAGAUCACUAUGAAAAGUGCAUCUCGUACGUAGCGUCGCGUCGCGCCCGAGCCGAGUACUCGACGAUGACGAUGAGCUCGGCUCUGUUUGUGUAUAUAAUAAUAAACUAUAAUAUAUUAUAAAUAUUAUAUAAGUAUAUAAAUAAUAUAAUUGUGUGUGUUCGUCGCGUUGUACAAACAAAAAAGUAUAAUAAAGUUAAUCGAGAGAUAGCGAGAUAGGACGACGGGUUUAGGAGAGAGAGGAGAGAUUCAACGGAUUAGGACUGUGAGAAUUUGAAUAAGUCGAUUUGCGUGAGAGAACACAAUGCUAUUUCAAUAAAUAGAGAUAUUCGUUUGCGAAAGAAUGAUUGAAAAAAAAUGAAAUUUUAGCAAAAAAAGUAACAAAUAAUGAUGACGAUGUUGGGCGAAUAAAUCGAGAAGGACUGAACUUUUUUAUCGAAACUAAAAGACUAUAUUAAUAAUAUAUUUCUGUACGCAGUCGAGAGAAACUAGGUCAUUGUGAGUUCACAUUGCAUAAUCCGAAUCGAUGAUAAGACUCUUUAUUGUAAAAUGUACCGCUCGUUAGUAAGGGCCAAUCUUACGAAAACAAAAAAAAAAUAAAAAAAUAAAAAAAUAAGUAACGUACACCGCCAUUUUACUGUCGACAAGCAAAAAAGCAGAAUUACCACUCUAAUUGUAAUAUCGAGAGAACGGAACGCUGCAAGUGAAGAGGAUGAAAAAAUAAUUGAAAAUAAUCUGUACAGCAAAAAAAAACGGGAAAUUGACUCUGUUUUAUAAAUGUCAGCGUCCUAUCCGGGGAUACCACAAAUGUGUUUAUUUACGAUAUACUUGCGAUAUAUACUAUAUAUUUCCACGCGGACUAAUACUAACUUAUGGCUGCCACCGCAUGUAUAGAUAAAGGAAAAAAAGCAUACACAAAUACACACGAACACACAGAUAUACACGUAGUAAAGAAAAAAAAAGGGAUGAGAAAAAAAAUUUCGAAGCGCGGGUCGGUUGUAAUUAUUUUUCGAAUCCUUUGUAAAGAAUGACAAAAAACGAAAAGAAAAAUGGAUAAAUAUGAAAGAAGCCUUAAAACGGCGUCUAAAAACGCAAUUUUAUUAUUACAAUUACGUUGUAUUACCGUUGUUAUACAUUUUACCUAGCAUUAGUCAUUAUAACAGUCAUUUUCUGUUGCCGCUAUUAUUACGUAGUCGCAAGGAAUUUUUACCAACGUCAGUUACCGAUUUGUAUACUUAUUGUAACGAUAAUUAAUUAAUUAUAUACUGCCAAAGCGAUUGUCGGCCUGAUACACACGUACACGCGCGCAUAAUAUCUCUCUUUCAAAUCGUUCAAUAAUCAAAAUACAUCAUGUCUUGUAAAACUAAUUAUUCGGAUUUUACGUAGAUUUUAAGCAAUUCAAUUGUGAUCGACACACAGAUUUCUUUACGACUAUAUAAAACCUACUGUGUUCUGGCAAAAAGAAAGCAAAUUCUGUUACAACGACGAAUGGAACCGUCAACGUAAAAAAUAAUUAUUGUAAAAAAAUCAGCGCCGACGAUAUGUGUUCAGUUGUCAAUGAAAAAGUCUGAGGAAAACGCACGCAAAACGAAAGCAAACAACAAAAAAGAUAACUAUUAAAUUUCUAAGUUCGACCGAUCUUUUUCCAUAUUUUGAUAAAGUUAAAUAAAUAACCGCUUUGUUAAAAAAAUAAACAUGCCAGCAUAUAGUCUUUACCUUCCUUUCUUCAAACUCAAUUCUCAUCUCUAGCAACUUUCAAUACAGCAAUUUCAUCAGACUUUUACAAUUUCACUCUCGCAUAAUAUUUCAAAGAAGCAUAAGCUGAGUUCAGUAAUAUUUAGGAUACAAAAAGUAUGCUGGGUUCAAACACAUAUCAUUCUUUUACACUUCAAAUCUGUGGAACAAAAUAAAUACUCGCAAAAAUUUUCAACGUUCAAAAGAUACGACAUAUUUUUGAUACUUAAAGCUAAUACCAUCUCUAGAGUAUAAUACGAAGAUCUCAUUUGCUAGUACUAAAAAACGAUUUAUUUUUCCACUGAACUAAUAAUUGGACAAUAAGAAUAUUCAAACUGGCGUCCUUUGAGUUACAUAUUUCCAAGUACCACAAACAACUAAAUGCAUAAGUUUCUCUUUUGUUAUUAAUAAUUGUAGUACGGGAAUUCAUUUUAAUAUACUACCUGAUAAUUAUUUUAAUACUUUCACUGCCAGAAAGAGUAAUAAUAAAUCUCUCCUUUGGUGUAAACGAGCCCAGCAUGCUAUGAAUGUGUACGAAAACAAAUACAUACUAUUUAAAUUUGAAAUCUGUAAAAACAUAGCAAUGAAGACGACGACGCGUUACGAGACUUUAACCAAAUUAGUUUUAUCCUUGCUAAAAGAAGAAAAUUAUGCAAGGUUACCACAAUUAAACCUUAGAUACACGUUACCGAAUGAUAAAAAAAAUUAUACACGCAUACCCACACGGUUGUAGAUCCCGCAUUGACUUAUUGUAUCCAAUGAAGGUCGAAAGCAAUCGAAGCAUCUGUGCAAGCGAAAUCUCUCCUCGUCUUUUCACGUUUUCACGAGAAUUUGUGAUAAGUCGAAAAAAUGAAUGUUUCCAGGUCUUAAUAUUAAUUACGUUGAUCCCCUGUCGAAGACUGCAUUUAUUUACGUUUAAUUUUUAGCGAAGGAAAGAAAACAGACACCCAUAACGUUAUUAAACUAAAACUUGCUUCCUUUCUUAAUUCAUCUUGUGAGCGUGGGGUGAGAAGUAAUUCCGAAUGUACGAUGCGAUCGAUGGUCGAUUUUAUUUAUAAAUAGAAGCUCGAAUUGUUAAAGCGAAUAAUAAAGAAAAGCGUUAUUAUGAGAAAAAAAAGUAUACCAGUGGUUGAAGCUAGUUUAUAUAUUGAAAAAAAAGACAAAAAACAAUAAAGAGAUUCGUUACUUUAUAAAUAUUAUUUCUACGAGUGUGUAUGCAUGAAUAAUGCGCAACUGAGCAACUAGAGGUUUUGAAGUGAACAUUUGAAAAGCUGUGGAGGAUAGACGAGAGAAAUAGAAAAGCUAAAUAAUAUUGUUUCGACGCCGUUGAAGCCUUCAUUUGACGUCUUGCCACCGUAGAACUUCUAUAUUGUUGAGAAGCAUAUAUUUUUUCUUCUUCUGUUCGGAAACCGAGGCGCUGACACUCGCGAUUUUAUGUAUUUUUUUCAGUAUAACAUUGUAUCCUGGCAUUUGGAGAAUCCGUAAUAAAUGGAGCAACGAAUUGCGAGUCCUUUACUUUGCAUCGCUCUUUUCGACUGAUCCAGAGUGGAAAUUAUCGUAAAUGAAAGAAAAAUACAAAUAAAGGCUGAAUUCUAAUAAAUGAUUCUCUGUUAUACAGAGAUUAUGAAAAUGAUUGCGAGAACUAAAAAUUAUAAUGAAAAAUUAGACUAUUGCAAUUGAAUUUUUUAUACAAUGAUAUUUUGUAUUAUCGUAUGCGAUUUGAAAAUGAAAGAACAUAAAACCUUUAAAUAUGAUUUUUAGCGAGAAAAAUGACAGAUUUAUUCUAAAAUUUACUAAUGAAAUUUCUUGAGUGAAUAGAAGAAAGAAUUUAUAACUUGUCUAGAUCCCUAAUGUAAAAACAAAAGAUUAUAGUGUAACGAUGGGACAGACUUUUUAUUAAGCAAGCUACACUAACUCAGCAGCGUUGAUUAAACAAAACAAUUAUUUUACCACACACUGUACAUAUGUUUUAUUGAUUUUUUCUGUAAUUAUUUAUUCUUGGUGUAAAAUAAAAGAGGUGAUAUUGUUGUAUCACACAAUUGAAAAAAAAAUCACACUUACGCAUAAUUAAUAUUUUUCAAACAUCUCAAGGUAACAGAUAUGACAGGCAUUUAAAAAAAUCCAAUUAUCGCGAGUUCAAGCGCCUUUGAGAGUACGAAUUUAAAAAACGUUAAUAAUAAUCACACGCUAAUUUACGUUGAGAAAGAGACUCGAUUGCAAAUAAAAAGAAUAUUAACACUUCUCAGCGUAAACCUAUGGGAAAAAAAUGAAUGAUCACACGGACCUUGGGCCUAGUUAAGCCUGAGGCUGCUUGUCCAUAUGAUAAGACUUAAAAGUACUAGCGAUGACGAUUACUUCGUAAAAAAAUAAACUUGUAUAUUAUUUGUGGAUAAGGAAGCUCAUCGCGGUGUAAGGCUUCUUCAAUAAGUACUCUUUCACAUCGUCGUACGCCUUAAUUGUGUUCAAUUGGAUGGUCGACGAGGUCAUUGUCAUGAGCAUAUUCUUUUCGUUUUUUUUUUCUGCUUUUUUACUUUAUUACGCAUUCUCCUUCUCAUUGUUUUAUUCUUUCAGUUUUCUUUCGUUCACCGUUAUUGCGAGCAUUAAAAGAAAUUCAUAUCUACUCUGUCAAUUUUUAGAUAGUGUACAUAGAACUUGGACGUUCAGGGCGUCUAUACAGAAAAAUUGUAGCGAAAAAAUAAUAAAAUUAAUUAGGCAACUAAGCGUGACUACGACUGCCAUUAAUAUUUUUUUAAAAUAUUUUAUUAGAGUAUAUCACGCUUGAGCUUGCACAACUAUUUUUUUACUUUCUUUUCCAUGUCAUCCUUCAUCCUCAUAUUUCUAUUGUUGUUCAUUUUAUAAUUUUACGUUAUUUCAUUCUCUAUUAUCAUGACUAUAUUACAGACAAGUCGAACUAUCUAAAGAAUUUGUAUAAUAAUUAGUGUAUAAUAUGGUAAAUAAAUAGGUUUAAAAUAAAAUUAACUAGAAACAUUUUUGAAAUCAUGUUAGUACACCGAUGCCGGAGGAAAAUGAAGGAAAAGAGGCCUUGCAUCGUGAACAGCUCGAAAACGCUGUAUCAGCAAGACUUAGGGCAUUAUACUACCGAGAGUAUUAUCGUGCCCAACCUUUAAUAAUUAAGUGCGAGUGAGAGUCUAUAUUCGUAAAAACAAAAAAUUAAUAAUAAUAAUAACGAUAACGCAAAAUGAAAAGAAAAAAAUUCACGCUCACGCACGCGUAUACACGUAAGCCUGACUCUCGUUUGUGGGUUGAAUAAGUUUGUAAAUAUUGUAGGCAAAUAAAUUGGAUAUGAUGAAAGAAAGAUGAAAAAAGAAUAACUACGUUGAAAGUACUAGUCUAUCUUUGUGUACCAUAAUCUUGUUUAGCAAUGAGUACUUUACAUAGUAUUAUGUGUUUUAAUGAAGUUUUAUUCUUGUUGAAUAUAUCGAGAUUUAGAAAAUCAAUUUGUGUUUGACAUGAUGACCAAACAUCGAGUAAAAAACAAUUCACGAUCUUACCAGGAUUCGAUCGUUUCUUUUGCAAUCAAUUAAUAAUAAAAAUAAGAAAAAUAUGUUAUUAGAUUGUCAAAUAAAAAUAAAAUAAAAUAUUGUUCUUCGUAGCUUCAUACUUGUGAAUCAUUGCUUACGAAUCUAUCUGUUUUUAAGCUUGAAUUAGACGAAUUUCCAAUCUAAUCAAGAUUAUCAAAAGAUUUUUGAUAAAAGGAAUAUAUAAAAAAAGAAUAUGUGAGUGACGACAACGCAGAACGAAAAAAUAAAUUAUUUUUACAACUGAUUUUUACUGCAAAAUAAAAAAAAAAAGUAAACAAAAGGACUGACGAAAAUUCGACGAGAUAAUUGUAAGUGAUAAUAAGGCAAGAGAGUUUCAACCCAAAAACGACAGGCAGUCGAGAAAGAAAAAAAUAGAGACGAUUAAAAAAAACGAAAGGACGAGAGGACAAGUUUAGCGAAGAAGUAGUGGAGAAAUUGCGCUUUUAAAAAGCGUCACUUAUCUCAGCGAGAUACUUUUUCAAACGAGUGAGUCAAAGUUACCAGUUUCAAUAUAUGUUUAGGGGAGUACUUUUUAUUAUCUCGUGUUACUUUCGACUAUUAAUUUUGUAAUUGAUAUCAGCCACCGCGAAACAGAUGUCGUUAUUGCUAUUGAACAUAUUGCCGAGUUUGAACCUUUAUGAUUCCUUGAGAGAGUUCGUGAAUGAUCGAUUGUUUUCGCUGAAUUCGCAUACCGUUUUUCAAAAGUAAUUCACCUUGCUCAUAUUUACACAAUUUAAUCUAUAUAGAUAGAAGUGAUAGUGUGAUAGCAAUCUAUAUGAGAAUAAAUGUAAACUACUUGCAUACUUAAAAAUUAAGAUAAACUAAUAACAAUUUUGCACUAAAUAAAAAAAAAUUUUUUUCAUCAAUGUAUAAAAAAUAUUGCAUCGUCGAUUACUAUCGAAAAAUGGUCCAUACAAUGCACAAUCUAUGUUGAUUUUUGUUACGGUAACUCUCAAUCAAAAUUUAAUUCGAGUGCCACUUUUAUGAAAAAGUAUAUUUGAUAAAGAAGCACUUGAAAAUACAUGUUAAAAGUGGCAUUUCGACAACAUUAAAAACUUUACACGCACAUAUAAAUACGUAGAAGAAAUAUAAAAUCCAUGUAUUAAAAAAUUUUUGGUACUGCAGAACACGGCUCGGCAAUAGCAUUCUACAAAGCACACAUCUGGAUCGUUGGUUUGCGCAAAAAAAAUACCCUUGUAUUUUUAUGAAUAAAUAAAAUAUUUUAAAAGAAAAGUAAAUCUGAAGUCUGGUUGGAUAUGCCUUUCAUAGGGAUUAUAAAUGUAGAUAAUAUA